GCGGCGCUCGACCGCUUCGGCAUCCGCGCCGACGACGCGGUGCUCGUCGGCGACGCGCGGACGGACCUGGGAGCCGCGUCCGCCGCGAACCUGCGCGCCGCGGUGCUCGUGACGUCGUCGCCCCACGGCGUCCGCUGCGAGGCCGAGCUCGCGGACCGGUCCUUCGGCCACGCGGCGCUCGCGGCCGCCGACGGGGCCCGGCCGGGCGGCGUCCUCGCCGACGGGUCGCGCUGCGCGGCCGUCUUCCCCGACCUGCCGCUCGCGCUCGCCGGCCUGCUCUCCUUCGUCGACGACGCGUCAUAA